AUGGGGCGGAACUCGGAGUGCGUCAAGGUCGUCGUCAGGUGCAGGCCCUUGAGCCAGAACGAGGUCAAGGAUGGGCGGAAGCGCACCCUGGAAAUGGACCAGGCAGCGGGCCAGGUCAUCAUUCGCAACCCGAAGGCCCCCCCGGACCAGCCCCCGAUGAUGUUCACGUUCGACCAGGUGUACGACUGGACGAGCACGCAGCGCGACGUGUACGACAUUUCUGCGGCCCCGAUCAUCGACGCUGUGCUCCAGGGGUACAACGGCACGAUCUUUGCGUACGGUCAGACUGGGUCAGGGAAGACGCACACGAUGCAGGGCGUGCCGGAGGACCCGGACCUGCGCGGCGUGAUCCCGACGGCGUUCAACCACGUGUUCUCGUCCAUCGCGCGCAACCAGGAGAAGACCCACAUGGUGCGUGCGUCGAUGCUGGAAAUCUACAAUGAGGAGAUCCGGGACCUGCUCGGGCGCGACCAGAGCAAGAAGCUCGACAUGCGCGAGAGCGUGGAGAAGGGCGUGUACAUCGACGGGCUGACGUCGUUCACGGUGUCGUGCGUCGCGGAGCUGAUGACGGUGCUGAACGUGGGUUCGAAGAACCGCACGGUGGGCGCGACGAAGAUGAACCAGGACUCGUCGCGCAGUCACUCGAUCUUCACGCUGACGGUCGAGCAGGCGGACAAGGAGGCUGGCGAGGACGGCGGGCACGUGCGCGUGGGGAAGCUCAAUCUGGUCGACCUGGCCGGGAGCGAGCGGCAGAGCAAGACGGGCGCGACGGGGCAGCGGCUGAAGGAGGCCACGAAGAUCAACCUCUCGCUGUCGGCGCUGGGCAACGUGAUCAGCGCGCUGGUCGACGGCAAGAGCACGCACGUGCCGUACCGCGACUCCAAGCUGACGCGCAUGCUGCAGGACAGCCUCGGGGGGAACACGAAAACGGUCAUGGUGGCGAACUGCGGCCCCGCGGACUACAACUACGACGAGACGAUGUCGACCCUGCGCUACGCCAACCGCGCCAAGAACAUCCAGAACAAGCCGAAGAUCAACGAGGAUCCGAAGGACGCGAUGAUCCGGGAGUACCAGGAGAAGGUCGCGGAGCUCAAGGCGAAGCUCGCGCAGCGCAAGGGGGCGGCGCAGCCGCCGCAGAUCGUCAAGAAGGUGGUCGAGGUUGAGGCUGGGGCGGAGAAGAUCGCGGCGGUGCGGGAGCAGAUGAUGGCGGAGCUCGCCCAGCGCAUGGAGCAGGAGCGCGACCAGGAGGCACUGAAAGCAGCCAAGAAGCAGGCCGAGGAGAAGGCGCGCAAGGCGCUCGAGGAGAUGAUGAAGGACGCGCAGAAGUCCGAGGAGGAGAAGAAGGCCAUCCAGAGCGCGCUGGCGCAGCAGCACGCGGAGCUCGAGGAGUACGCGGCGAAGCUGGAGGCGGAGCGGCGCGCGCAGGAGGCGCUAGAGAAGGAGCUGAACGACGUGCAGUCCAAAGUGCUCGACGGCGGCGAGAACCUGUUCGAGAAGAUCGAGGGGCUCGAGGAGGUGGAGCGGGAGCACGAGCGCGAGCUGGAGGUCCAGCGGCGGCAGGCGCAGGAGCAGGAGCGGCGGCUGCGCGACUUGAAAGAGGAGGCCAUGUUGGAGACAGACCAGUUCCACGACGUGCGGGAGGAGAUCGAGACGGUGCGGGCCAGGCUGGCGGAGGUCGAGGGGCAGCAGGUGCAGCGGAAGGCGGAGAUGGAGGAGGUCCUGCACGCGCAGCAGCUCGAACGGGAGGACCUGAUGGCGCAGGUGCGGGAGCUGGAGCAGAUCACGCGGUUGAAGGACCUCGUGAUCUCGUGGUUCAUUCCCCCGGAGUGGCUGGCCGUGAUCAAGGAGCGGUGCUACGAGGACCCCACCACCGAGGACUGGAUCGUCGACGACGGCCACCUCUGCGGCAACCGCGUCCGCAACAACGAGAUCGAGGACAGCGAGGGCACCGACCCGAACACCACCGACGACCUGUCGUCAGUGUAUUUGUCAUACCGCCAGCUCAAGGAAGCAGACGACGGCGGGGGCAAGACGAGGAAGCGCUCGUCGGCGAACAAGGCCGCCCGCGCCGCCGCCGCAGCCGCGCGCCCGGGGUCGGCGCGCCCGAAGGCUGCGUCGGGGGCGUCGAAGACCACCCUGUCGGUGGGGCCUGCGUCGGGUCGCGGGUCGCGGCGGACGUCGACGAGCGGCAUCGGGGGGCCGCUCGCGCCGGAGUCGUCGCAGAUGGGCGUCGGCGGGAGGUCGUCGCGCGAGGCGGGCGGCAGCGCGGGGCGGGAAGCGGCGCCUCGUGCGCGAGGGUUGGUGAAGCGGUGA